UAACAAACUUGAGGGGAGUGUCCAAUGGGAUCGGACAAGAAGAAAAAGGAUGGCGAUAAGAAGAAGCCAGAGAUCGAAGUGAAGCCAACAAAGGUCAUAGAGCUCAAGGUGGGACUUCACUGCAAAAAAUGCGUGCAAAAGAUCCUUUCAAGCCUCACCCAAAUGCGAGGUGUUUCGAGGAUCGACACGGACCUGGAGAAGAACAAAGUGACCGUCACGGGAACAGUGGAGGAGAAAGAAAUCGUCAAGAAAAUCGGAAAGCUUGGAAAGAUCGCAGAGCCUUGGAAGGAGAGCUCCAAGUCCAAGUCCGCCGCCGCCUCUGCUGCCGCCGCUGGGCUGAAGUUCAUGAUCAAGGAAGAUCAGCCCGGGAUCAAGUUUGUUGUUGUCAAGGACCAGCCCUCAAACUGUGCGCUCAUGUAGAAAUCCUACAAAAGCGACCAAGAAUGUAUGAACUUGAAUAGGCCGCAUAGGCCUACCUGUGAAAAAGAUAGCCGAUACUUC